UAAUAAUAAUGGAUAAAAUAGUUUACAUCCCAACAAUAGGAUAUAAGCAAAUUAAUGAAUAGACUUAAGAUUCAAUAGAAACUAUUGCAUAAAAGUAGCGUAACCUUGAAGAAUUGAUAUCAGAUAUUAAUAUCCCAAAUGAAGUGGAGUUUGAGCAUGCAUUUCAUCUGGUCAAACCAAAUUGUUGUGGAUGCGGUCCUUAUUCACAAACAUCUGAAUUCAGUGUCUAAGGCCUUGGAAGCUUGUCAUUUUCUAUUGAGAAAUUUCAUACCUGCUCAUUACUAUGCUUCUAAUGCUUUCGAGAAAAUUGCUACUACGUUUUUUGCUGUUGUAUUUUUGACUGCAUUUUCCGCUUGAUUUGGUGUGUAAUAAAACCAUUUUGUUAUUGCUUGUAUUAUUUGUUCAAAUGUAUCGUUUGCAUGAAUCAGAUUCAUAGAUUGCCUUUACCAUUAUACGUUAUGGAUAAUUCAAAUUUAAGAAUGGAAUUUUGGCAAAGGGGAGUAGGAUUAGUGAAAGCAAAGGGGGAAGUUAUAUUUAAUUUUACAUAAACAGAUCAGAACUAUUUUGAUAAAUUCUGUGCAGGAAUGAAGUCUUCCUAUCCACAACUGCUUAUCACAUGCCCAUUUGAGUAGAACUAUAAGUUAUUAAUGAAACCAUAGAAAAAUGAUUGUCCAUAAUCAUUUAGAGGUUAAAUGACGAUUCUGGCCUGUUGUGAUUUGUUUACCACUAGUAAGAAGUACUAUGUGGAAGGACUUACAUAAGGAAAAUGCGAAAUCCUUAACUUUAGAACUGGGUGUCAAGCGUUGGCUAGAUUAACUGAAACCCAAGGGUAAUGUUGUAAAUUAUGCCCAACAAUCAAUUAUCCGCGUUUUGCAAUUUAAUUUGAGAGUGUCAGAUAAGUAGAUAAAUUGGCGAUUAUCUUGGCAUUAAUUCACAUUAGUUUAUACGAAUAAUGGGGAGAUGGAGAGAGUGAUAGUUUAAGACUCAAAUUUUCAAAUGAAAUAUGCAGAAAUAGAAACUAUGUAAAAUAAGCUAUAAUCAUUUGACCCAUCAUAAAAAUAUUUAUAUAAAAAAUGUCC